GGUUUUUUGUGCUCCAAAAGUCCUUCCUUGUAUCUCCUCACUUCGCCAUUCCUAUACUGCGACUGCAAAAUACACAUCCUAACAUAGACGCUUCCAAGGUACGUCGUCAGUAAAACCUAGUUUGUUACCUCCUAAAACGUUGUGAUCUCGUCAAUCAUACAUAUUACAUACUGCUUCUGUUUCUGUUUCGAUGUUUUGCAAAACGCUAGCAUCUUCCCGCUUAAAUAUGCGUGGAACAGGAAGGGUUUAUCCAAUUGGGUUCUUCAUUACCCAGAUUAGGGUUAGGAUUUUUGCAGAGUCGUUCUCAACGAAGAAAUGCAGCAAUGGUAAACAGUCCUUUAGAGUGUCAUAUCUGAUGUCUGUAUUUGGGUUAGCCACAAAAGAAGCUCAAUCUCUAUCUCGAAGGGUACAUUUCGAAUCAGCAGAAAGGCCUGAUUCCGUGAUUGCACUUCUUAGAAGCCAUGGAUUCACUGAUACCUAUAUCUUCAAACUUGUGAAAUCAUGCCCGGACUUACUUUCUAGUAAUCCCUCAAAAACCCUUUUACCCAAAUUCAAUUUCUUUUAUUCAUUGGGGGUCACAGAUACUGAACUCGCAUCUUUAUUGUCUUCCAAGGCAAAUCUUCUUAGAAUGAGCCUUGAUAAACGCAUUCUUCCCUUUCACCGUUUCCUGAGAGAUGUGAUUGGCUUGGAUAAUCAUAGAAUUGCAGUAUCUAUUAAGAGAGCAUCAUGGGCUGACAACAAAGGCGAUAUUAGAAGACUUGCAAGCAAUAUUGAACUUCUAAGAGAACUUGAUGUUCCUAAAUCAUUCUUGGUACAAUUAGCUACUCACAGCAUACGUGUCCUGCUCCAGAAGCCAACACAGUUUAAGGAAAAAGUGGAUGAAGUUAUUGAAAUGGGAUUCGAUCACAAGAAAAUGACGUUUUGUAGUGCAUUGACUAUUGUUUCUGAGCUGAGAAAGCGCACUUGGGAACUUAAAGUUGGAACGUAUUUGAAGUAUGGGUGGACUGAAAACGAUUUUCGAAUGGCUUUCAAGAAACAUCCUUUUUGCUUGCGGUUGUCUGAGAAGAACAUAUGCGGAAAGAUGGAAUUUCUGAUAAAUAAAAUGGGGGCGAAGCCGGCUGAUAUCGCUUGCGUGCCUUCGGUUCUUCUAUACAGUCUGGAGAAGAGGGUCAUACCCAGGUGUUCAAUUAUAAAGAUGUUGAUGUUGGAGGGAAUUUUGGAGAAAGAAGUUCCCUUGUCCUCUGUAUUAUGCAGCCUUGAUAAGACUUUUAUAAACAGGUUUAUAAGCAAGUAUGAGAAGGCUUUACCUGGAUUAUUGGAUAUAUUUCAUGGAAAAAUGGAUGUUCCUGAAAUGUUGAAUAUAUUCGAUCAUCACGAGGAAAUUCUUUCUGAAGGAAACAAUGGUUUUUUCAACCCGGGGCUGGCGGUGGUGGCCGAGGAGCAAAAUGAGGAAUCCGUCUGAGGAGGGGCUCGCAUCUGUGAUGUAAUAGCUUAGCAGUAACUGGUCCGAGAGGAUGAUCAACCACGCUGGGACUAAGACACAGUCCAAACUAGGGAGGUAGCAGUGGGAAAUUUUCCGCAAUGGGCGAAAACUUGACGGAGCAAUGUCACGUGGAGGAAGAAGGCCACAGGUCGUGAACUUCUUUUUCCGGAUAAGAACCAAUGACGGUAUCCGGGGAAUAAG